GUGAAUGAAUGACUUACUACGUCGAGAGAUCACUGACAUAAAUACAACUUUUGUUAUUUGCUUCAGAGAAGAUAAAAUUAGAUUUUAAUCACCAUUGUUUUGGAAAAAAUUAAAACCAUAUGGAACUAUGUGAAAAUGUCGACAUUUCACGGAUCAAUUCGAGUGAUAAUAUCAGAAAUUAACCAGUUUUUUAAUGAUACACUUCGGCACGAGAAGCUAUCGCCUAAAGCCAUACAGAAGAAGGAAAGCAUCCAGAAAUUGAUUAACGAACUCCAGAGUUCUUACCCACAAAUCGCGCCUAAUGACCAGAGCGACAGAGUCUUCUUACACGAUGUACGUAUCGCAGAUAUAGCGGCUAAAGAUCUAUACAAUGUAGCCAAGGCCGGAUUUCUCGAGAAGCGCAGAAAGAAAGAACUUCGACUUAGGAGCAGUUAUCAGAGACGGUACUGUAUCAUAGAGUAUGGCGUGUUCUACUACUACAUCAACACAACAGACAAGAAACAAGCCGGCGCCUUCUCACUCGAUGGUUACAAAUUCCAUAAGGCGCCCUAUUUGCCGACAGAUGCUAACAAAGGUGAAGUUAGCUUUGAACUCACAGGUGCAAACAGAAGAACAUAUCAGUUCCUCGCCGAGUCCAAGACGGACAUGGAUGAAUGGCGGGUUGCCGUGGAGAAGUUCAGUGGUCUGAACAGCAAGAGCAAAUCAACCGGAAAUGAACCGGCGCCCAGGCCAGACCAGCCGAUUGGCGUGCCAGACAGUGGUAUAUACUACGAAGACGUUCAGUUGCAUGAAGAGCUUCCGUACGAAUUUGAAGACGAAAACAGCAGCGAGUUCGACAAGGAAACCCAGUCGGAUGACAGCGCGAGUUACGAAGUCCCACACACCCAGCGAAAGACGGUCGGCAAACAAGACUCAAACGACGAGACGUCACGGACCGACCAGCAGGCUCCUCCCAAUCACCAUGACAACCACCAGGACAGGAAUGCUUCUCCUUCUACGCCGAACUCUACUUGUCGCUCACCUCCUUCAGAUCAAGAUCGUCAUCCGCCACGAAACCCAGUCCAUCCCCCUCCACCACCAAGACAACAACAACAACGACGUCAGCAACAACAUAGACAACAACAACAACAAAGACCGGCUCCAGGCAGUACAGCUACAGUACCGGCAGCAAAGCCUAGAGAAAAGAUGCACCCUUCGGUUCCUGCUCCAAAGCCUCCAACAAAAUCGGCCCCGAAGACGAAAGCCCCACCUCCCAUAGCCCCGAAGUAUGGACGGCAACCGCCGAACACCAACGUCAACGGUCGGCACGAGUCGGAUAUUUACGAUGACGUGGAUAAUCGGGUUGCACCUGAUUCUUAUACGGAAGAUAAUUAUGAAGAUGUUCGUACUGCGAAUCCAAACGAACAAGCCAAGAAUAAUUUUGAACAGUAUUCCGAAGAACAAUUUUGUACGGCUGCUGAAAAAGAGGCACCCAUAGGCCGCUACCCGCAAGAGCAUACACCACUCGCAGAAAGCCAGUCUAGUUUAUACGCGAACGCAGAUUCCGAUUUGCACUAACAAAUAACAUAUUGAUACUACAUGAAAAAAAUGCAGACAGGGGAUAUAAAUGAAAAACAACAACAACAACAACAAAACCGCAGUCAUGUGCAAGGUUUGCCAAGAGUAGCGGUACAAAAUACCACAUGAAUUGUCAGAUAGACCACUGCCGCACACCGCUCGCUAUAGGCAAAAUGCGAUUAAAAGGAUGAAUCACACUGGUGUAUAUAAGUAUCCUUACGUAUUAUUAUUAUUAUUUUAUUUUUGUAUUAUUAUUUUUAUUUAUUUAUUAUUAUUAUUAUUGUUAUUAUUAUUUUUAUUUUUUUUUGUCAUUAGACCAAUAUUAUUUCACACGUAUUACAACAUAUGCCAUAAAUUAAUAUACAUGUAGAUCUGCGAUAAUUCAAAUUUUUUUGUAAACUCUGCGUAAUGUAAAUAAAUAUAGCUUUUUAUGCCAAA